GUUAGGAUGGUUGUUCAGUUGGCUUCCUGCCUGGUGUCCCACAUCACUGCCACACCUUAAAGAGGCUGAGGACAAAAUGCUGAAAUGUAUUGCCAGCACAUACAAUAAACGAUACGUGUAUAUAUCUAAUGGAAACAAAAUAUGGACACUGACGUUCUCUCCAGACCUCUCAAGUAAAACUCCACUUGUUCUCCUGCAUGGGUUUGGAGGAGGUGUUGGACUGUGGGCUCUCAAUUUUGAAGAUCUCUGUGAGAACAGGACCGUGCAUGCUUUCGACCUCUUGGGAUUUGGACGUAGCAGCAGACCACACUUUGACACUGAUGCUCGGGAAGCAGAAAAUCAGUUUGUGGAAUCCAUAGAAGAAUGGAGAAAGGAGGUGGGGUUAGAAAGAAUGAUCUUACUUGGACACAACCUAGGUGGAUUUCUGGCUGCUGCUUACUCAUUAAAAUACCCAUCAAG